CACACUUUCGGAAACACUCUCCUGAGUCUCCUCCUUUCCUCCAUAAACAGGCAAGGGCCAGGGGCCAAGGGCCCAGCAAGUAACCCAAUUUUCCGACGGGCGCCAGAACUAAGAUUAUUUUAGGAAGAAAACCACCUGGAAGAAUCAAUGAAGUUCCUUCUUUUCACAUUUGUUGGUGUUGUUCACCUUUUCUCCCUGAACUCUGGGAAAGCGAUCUAUAAGAAUGACAUCUCUCGGAGGACUUUUCAAGAAAUAAAAGAAGAAAUAGCCCGCUAUAAAGAUGUUGCUAAAGCAAUCAUCAACCUUGCUGUUUAUGGUAAAGCCCAGAACAGAUCUUAUGAGCGACUGGCACUUCUGGUUGAUACUGUUGGACCCCGACCAAGCGGCUCCAAGAGCUUGGAAAAAGCCAUCCAAAUCAUGUACCAGAACCUGCAGGAAGAUGGGCUGGAGAAUGUCCACUUGGAGCCGGUCAAAAUACCUCACUGGGAAAGGGGAGAAGAAUCUGCUGUGAUGCUGGAGCCAAGGGUUCACAAGAUGGCUAUUUUGGGUCUUGGCAGCAGCAUUGGGACUCCUCCAGAAGGCAUUACGGCAGAAGUUCUGGUGGUGACCUCUUUCGAGGAACUGCAGAGAAGGGCCCCAGAAGCAAGAGGCAAGAUUGUUGUUUAUAAUCAACCUUACGUCAACUACUCGAAGACAGUGCAGUACCGGGUCCAGGGGGCAGUGGAAGCUGCUAAAGUGGGAGCUUUGGCGUCCCUGAUUCGCUCAGUGGCUUCCUUCUCCAUCUACAGUCCUCACACAGGUAUUCAGGAAUACCAGGAUGGUGUGCCAAAAAUCCCGACAGCUUGUAUCACAGUGGAAGAUGCAGAGAUGAUAUCCAGGAUGGCUUCUCGUGGGAACAGAAUUGUUAUUCAGCUGAAGAUGGGGGCAAAGAACUACCCAGAUGCUGAUUCCUUCAACACUGUAGCAGAGAUCAUUGGCAGCAAGUACCCAGAGCAGGUUGUACUGGUCAGUGGACAUCUGGACAGCUGGGACGUUGGGCAGGGCGCCAUGGAUGAUGGCGGCGGAGCCUUUGUAUCAUGGGAAGCACUCUCGCUUAUUAAAGAUCUUGGGCUGCGACCAAAGAGGACUCUGCGUUUGGUGCUCUGGACUGCCGAGGAACAAGGUGGAAUCGGGGGCUUCCAGUAUUACCAGUUACACAAGGCAAAUAUUUCCAACUACAGCCUGGUGAUGGAGUCUGAUGAGGGAACCUUCUUACCCUCUGGGCUGCAAUUCACUGGCAGUGAGAAGGCCAGGGCCAUCAUGGAGGAGGUCAUGAGGCUGCUGCAGCCUGUCAAUGUCACACAGGUCUUUAGGACUGGAGAAGGGACAGACAUUAACUUCUGGAUCCAAGCUGGAGUGCCUGGAGCCAGUCUAGUUGAUGACCUUUAUAAAUAUUUCUCCUUCCAUCACUCCCAUGGAGAUACCAUGACUGUCAUGGAUCCAAAGCAGAUGAAUGUGGCUGCUGCUGUUUGGGCUGUUGUCUCUUAUGUCAUCGCAGACAUGGAGGAAAUGCUGCCCAGGUCUUAACAAGAACAAGCAAGCAAGCACUUUUGUCCUUUCUGGCCAGGAAUUCUAGGAAUGCAGCUCCAGGAAGUCCCUCUUCAACUAACAGUUUGAUCUCACCUGAUCCAUUUUCAGAGCAUAAUACUUUCUCAUACUUUCUGUUACCAUCUUUCUCAAUGCUUUCCAAAUUCUCUGUUUCUAAAGGAAGAAAUGAUCCCCACUCCCACAUACAGUCAAAAUAUGGUAUCUUAUGGAUUACAGUGGGGACCUUUCUUUAUACCACCUGUGAAAAUUAUUGUUUCUACUUUGAAAGUAAAUACUCAAUAAAUAUUUGGAAGAUC